AUGACACGACACGAACACAAGCCAAAACACAGUCCCUAUCAAUACAUUAAAAAGAAUUCCCAGUUAGGUGUAGCAGUCGGAUGGGCCGAGGAUAUAGAUUCAACGACAAAAGGUUAUUCAGCCACAAUUCCUAUUGCACUCAUUUGGAAGAAAUUACAAACCACAGAGGAUGAUGAUGAGAGAGUUGAUUCAGAAACUAUUGAAAAGUCUCACAAUUAUAUCUUGACCAACUUCAAUCAUUUUUGUGAUGACAACGAGAAAGAACACAAACGAGUGAACCUUGCAAAACAUUACCGUCCAUGUUAUUUACUUGUAGUUUUAAGAGAGCCUUGGAAGCGCAAUAGUUAUGUGAGUAAUGGAUGGAUUGGGUUAUUGAAAUUGAACAAAUUGGGAUUUCGAAUGGAUACCCUCAACCAGAGAUUACACAUCCUAGGCAAGACAAGUGUUUAUUUUCCACUUUCGAUUUUUAUCAACGAAUGGACCAAAGAAUAUUUCAAUUUUUUUAUGUUGGGAACACAAUCAAAUGUUAAUGUCAUGUUUGAAAUUAAUCAGGAAUGUUUGACAGAAUCCAAGUUACAAAUUGAACGCAUGAAACAAGAUGAAUUUGUCUACUGCAGUUUUAAGGGUCAAGUAUUUUGGCCAACCAUAGGUUCAAGCAAACGUUGUUGGACUUUUACUAAUAAGUAUUAUUAUGAAGAACUGCAAUUGAGGAGAAUAUAUCUCAAAGAUAAUUUUCAAUUGGCUGAGGAAAAGAAAUGGAGUAUCAAACUACCCCUCACGAACAAAGAUCAAUUCAUGUACUUGGAAUAUCAACAUUUAAACGAAAAUGAACAAAAUGAUGUAAUUGAAAGGUAUCUCCUUGUCUCAGUCAGCCAGAGUAAGAGAUGGAUACACUCUUUACUUCAAAUGCAACUAGGCGAAAGUCAAGCAUUUUUAACACCAACAAAUUUUUUAAAUUUCGACAAAUUGUUCAAUAAUGACAUACAGCGCCAUGCAAAGAAUAAUGUCAAACUUCUCUCACAUUGCAAGUUAACCAAUUCCAAGUACUUGAUCAUGUGCUGGCUAAUAACGUCAAAACAAGGUCACACUCGAUACAAACUAAAAUCAUUUCAAGAUCUGUUCAUCCAUUCAACUGCUUGGAUGUUGAUUGAUUUUGAGAGCAAACUUGUUAAACGAGUAUUUCCAAGAGUUUAUCGUCUAUCUAAAAAGAUAAAUGAGGAUGGUUUCAAACAAGUUUCGAGUAAAAAGAAACUGUACUCUGGUAAGAGGUUGCCCAAGAAAAGCUAUUUUCAAGAUGGAGAUUUAAAUGGUGGAUAUUCUGAUGUGCAUUUACUACAAUUAAUAAGGACAAAAAACGACACAAAUAGUCCAUGCGAGGAAGAGGAUGUCGUUCCAGAAGAACGGAAUGAUAUUAUGUUGUUUGGAACAAAUUCCAAAAAAGACAUCCAAACGAUUGCUUUUCGACCAUUUCUUUCAAACCCUGACCUCUUUCAAGUAAUGGUAUUUUUCACAUCUGAUGUGGUCACAGAUUGUAGAAAAGAUGUGUGCCACUCUUCAGAUUACGGAAAGAUGUUUAGAUUCUAUUUCAAGUUACGAGAUGAAUGCAGCACUCGUUUGACCAGCACAUUCAAACAUUAUCAUGAUAUUACUCUUGUGACAUUGCAAUGA